AUGUCUCUGACAAGCGAUGAUGGGCAGCAGAAUCCCGGCUUGUUUCAACAUCGCCCUGCUGGAACAAACUUUGAACGAGCUUUUGCGCAUAUCCAAGUUCCAACCUCUCGAGCGGGGUUGCCCCCGAGUCAACCGUCUGUCGGUGUGAACGCAAAAGUGAAGACUCACAAUCCUCGAGCUGUGCUCGUGAGCAGGAGACAGGCAGGAAAUCCUCUCUUGAAGUUCAUCAGGAAUGUUCCGUGGGAGCAUGCGGACAUUCUAGCAGACUAUCAGAUGGGGUCUCAAACUUGCGCGCUGUUCCUGAGCGUUCGAUUUCACCUCCUCAAACCUAAGUACAUCUACAGCAGGAUGGAACAGCUUCAGACGGGAUUCAAGCUGAGGGUUCUCAUCUGCCACAUCGACACUGAGGACAGUCAGAAGACGCUUACAGACAUUCACAAGGCAGCCAUCCUCAACAACUGGACCUUGAUCCUCUCCUGGAGCCCCGAGGAGUCUGCGAGAUAUCUCGAGACCUACCAGACUUAUGAGCACAAGCAGGCAGACUCGAUCCAGGAGAGAGUAGAAGGGGACUACAUGUCAAGACUGACAGACGUGCUGACCAACGUUCGAUCAGUGAACCGGACAGACGUAGCGAAUCUAUCGACGUCUCUUGGCUCUCUCGCCAACAUAAUGACUGCAUCCCGAGAGCGGCUGGCCCUUUGUCCCGGUGUGGGAGAGAAGAAGAUUCAAAGACUCUUCGAAGCCUUCAGAGAGCCGUUCCGGCAGGUCGAGCAAGACAGAUUGGUCAUGGUCGUGGCUGACAUCGCCUACAGGUCAAAAAGCCGAAGACUGGAGGAUCAUAGCUUCCUUCUCGAAGUGAAUUCUUUCAUCGGUCCAAAAACACUUGAUUGA